AUGCCAUUCUGGUUGGCCCAGACGACGUUCGUGACUUCAACGUGGACAACGUCCUUCCUCUCCCCUGCCAGCGACAUCGUUAAGAUCAGAAAAUGGCUUCAGCCAACCGCAUAUGAUCUCGAACGAAGUGAAUACUCCAGGCAUCGUCUUUCACAUCUCGCUGGGACAGGAAAAUGGCUCACCUCCACAACAACCUAUCAAAGGUGGUACCAAGGCGAGGAAAAUGGAAUCCUGUGGGUUAAAGGUAUUCCAGGCUCCGGCAAGUCUGUCCUGGCUGCUUCGAUUAUCAACCAACUACGAAAGGAUGGCAUUCCAGUUAUCUUCUUCUUUUUCCGACAGAUCAUUGACGCCAACCAUCAGCCCAUGGCGGCAUUGCGGGACUGGCUAUGUCAAGUCCUAGACUACAGCCCCCCACUCCAGGUCAAGCUGAAGGAAUAUAUGGAAAACAGACGUGAUUUAGCCAGCUUGUCUCCGAGCGAUCUCUGGAGAGAUCUUAAACUGGCACUGGUCGCGUUCCCCAGGGUCUAUUGUGUCACAGACGCCUUGGAUGAGAUGGACCUGGGGAAUGAUGAGUUUCUCCACAGCUUGGUCAGAUUGGGACAUUGGCGCCCGUCGAAUGUCAAAGUUUUGAUCACUUCACGCCCAGUAUCGAUAGUGGAGAAUACGCUUAGAUCAUUCUCUAUUCCCCAGAUUCGAUUGGAAGAGUCUCUUGUCGAUCUCGAUAUCGCCUCCUACGUACAAUACAAACUUCAUCACUCAUCAAUCUCCCCUGAAUCAUGGAGUGUCAUAGAGGAGGCUAUCCCCGGUCGGGCGAAUGGGCUCUUCUUGUAUGCCAAGCUUUCAAUGGAUGCAUUUCUUGAGCCAGGUGCCGACGCACAUGAAGUUCUCAAGGCUUUACCGGCUGAUUUGAAUGUGAUGUACAACGACCUUCUGCGUGAACAUGCGCGACGCUCGAAUGUCCCAGAGGACUUUCAACUACUUGUCCUGCAGUUUGUGACCCAUGCCACACGCCCACUUCGUCUUCUCGAAAUAGCUGAAAUGGCAAACACAGUACAAGCUUCUGCAAGUCGCAGUCUAAAAGAGACGAAAAACCUAGUCCGGGCUGCUUGUGGUCCGCUGCUCGAGAUCCUUCCCGAUGAAACAGUCUCGGUUGUUCACCACUCAUUCACCGAGUUCUUGAAAGGGUCCACCCGUUCAAGUGAGUUGGAUGAUACGAUAUAUCCAAUUCUCCAACCGGGCUCAACAAACAAGUGCCUGGCUAUUGCGUGCCUGGCCUAUCUCCGGUCUGGGUGCUUAGUCUAUCAAGAAUUGGAGGAAACAUCCAAUGUAUAUGAAUAUGGAAAUCCUAAGGCCAAAGAGCACCUAGAACUCAAACUACGGUUUCCGUUCUUGAUGUAUGCAGCUGAUGAUUGGUACACUCACAUCCGCCGCGCAGUCUCAGCGGGGGUGGAUAUGUCGAGUGUCUACGCGAUGCUUGAUGCCUUCGUUGGGGACAAGCGGAUGUUUGCCGCCUGGCGAGUUUUAUCAUGGCCGACACAUGAAACCCGGGGCGUCACCGCGCUUCACGUCGCUGCUUGGGCUGGCUUAGAUGAAUAUGUCGCAUACUUACUUGAGAGGGGAAGUAACAUCGAAGUGCGAGAUGAUUGCCAAAAUACACCAUUAUACUGGGCUGCCGCUUCCGGUUACUCCGGCGUGGUACAGUUGUUGCUUGCCAACGGAGCUGACCCCAACGCGGAACAAAACCAAGGGUACAGCUCACUACAUGUGGCAGCUGAAAGGAAUCAUGCAGCAGUGGCCAGACUUUUACUUGCUGCUGGCGUCAAUCCACUCACUCCCAAGAUGAAGGAUGAAUAUGGUGAUAGAACGUGUGGGAAUUCACCCACAUCACUGGGACAUACGCCUCUGAUGUAUGCCUGUCAUCAUGGCCAUUUCAAUACGGUAGCCGAAUUCCUACCUUUUCUGAAAGACAGUCAAGUGUAUCACCGAGCCCUUUACUGGGCGGCGCAUCAUCGGCAGUGUGCGGUGGUUGAGUUGAUCAUCCAAUAUCCAGGUGUGGAUAUAAACGGUAAAUACCGAGGAGACACCGCUCUUUUUAUAGCCUGCUUGAAAGGAGAUGAAAAGACUAUUGAUGUUUUGCUGCGAGCGGGAGCGGACCCAAACAUAUAUUGUGAACAGGCGGGAGAUGAAUUUUGCCGUGGAGUAGAUCACACGAGUUAUUCAAAAAGUGACGAGGAUCAAGAAUGUACAAGGGGUUAUACUGCUUUACAUGCUCUUUGCCAAUCCUACAGAGAUUUGCGCACGCCAGAACUUUUAACGGCAUGUCUAUAUUCUCUGCUUCAAGCAGGGGCUGAUAUUGAUGUGCGAACUCCUAGGGGUCAGACGGCUCUGCACUUUGCCUGCGAACACCAAAAGGCAGAUGUAGUGAAGAUCUUGCUUGAAGCGGGUGCCGAUCCUGCGGCAGAGGACGAUUCUGGGGCCACGCCAUUACAUAAAGCAAGUUAUAAGGGUGCAGAGCUGUUUCCUGUGCUUUUGAGUACUGGGGUGGUCGAUAUCAACAAAGUCACUGCCAAGACUGGGAAAACUCCGUUACACAUUGGGCUUGAGGGGCUUUGGGUGGAAAACACACUUACCUUUUUUGAAUUUAAUCCUGACGUGAAUAUCCCCGACGCCAAGGGCGAUAGUCCAUUGCAUUAUGCUGUCGCAGCGUUUAGGAGCGACUAUGAUGAGAUUCUUUCUCGUGUCUUUGAUACCUUGAUAUCUCUGGGCGCGAAUCCAAAUGCGAUGAACAAUGAAGGCAAUAGCCCGUUGCACACGACGAGGGAGCAGAGUAGCCCACUCAUUUCCAAACUCUUGAAUGCUGGUGCAGACCUUGAAGCUCGAAAUCAUGACGGCCAGACAGCUCUUUUCAAACAUGCGAAUAGAGAUGAAGAGCCUUUUGAAACAUUAAUUGCUCUUGGUGCUCGCCUGGAUACGCGUGAUUUUGAUGGCCGAACCCUCUUGCAUCGUUGCUGCAAUGACACCAAUCGUUUGGACCAUCUGAUAGGUCUCGGCCUUGAUCCUUUGGCCACCGAUUAUCAAGGAAAUUCGCUUUUGAUGGAGGUUGCAGCUACUGAGAGGUACUACACGCAUCCUGCUAUCAUGGCGCAUCUAAUAAACCUGGGCUUGGACAUAGAUAUGCCAAAUCAUCGUGGCAGAACCACUUUGCACGUGCUGUGUGCUAGGGUGGAACUUGUCACUUACUCAUUCUCACUAGAACAUACCCUGGAUUACGUCCUUGGAGUCUGCAAGAACCCGAGUCCCAGUGAUUGUGAUGGUGUUCAACCUUUGCACCUAGCCGCUACAAUAUCAGAGUCCUACGUUGUCAAACUUCUCAAUGCCGGUGCGAACAUGUUGAAGGUAACCCACGAAGGGAUGUCAGUGCUCCAUAUCGCAGCUCGAGCCCGUCAGCCGAAUAUUGUGGCUCUUUGCUGCUCUAGGCUAUCAGCGCUUGGAGUACAAGACAAGACUGCAUUUUUGAACAGGCAAACCAAGGAUGGAGAAACAGCCCUUCACUAUGCUUGCCGUUCGGGUCGCCCUGAGACCGUUCGCACAUUGCUCGAAGCUGGCGCAGACCCCACAAUAUUGGACAUUGAGCGCCCUGGUGUGCUGGUCAACGAUCAUAAAAGGCCGUUCCUUGUCCCUCCUCGCAGAGAUGAGAGUGAGGAUUGCAACCAACAAAAUGCCGAGCAUGAUACAGUGCGGCUCGAUGAAAUUCUGGAUCUUCUUGUUGGUCAUGGAGCCCUCUCACCAGGAAAGGAUUGCUUUCGUGGUGCGUUGGAUGAAGCUAUUUCAAAUCGGCUCGAAUACACGGUGGACUGUCUCUCACGACUACAAUCUCGGCUUCCCGACUCAAACCCCUGCCCCAUCGAGGGGCUUAGUUACGCCAUUUGCAAAGGCCGCUCAGAUGCGACAAGAGAAGCGUUCAGAAAGUACGGCGGAUUAGAAGAUUGUCACGAUGAUAGUUCUGAGUCUUCUAGACUCGAUUACGCCUACAUGCGAAACUUGGUGUUCGCCAGGCAGUACGAUUUGUUUGAAGAGGGGAUGAAGAGGCUUAAUAAAUCCAAGCCAAACUACUCUACAAGCUCUUUAUUGCAUUUUCUCGUGGCUUGGGGCUACAGAGACCUACUGGAUCGUGUAUGCAUUAAGGAUGCUGCACUGAGUCUUGAUGACCACAAAUGGUGUGAAGAGGUAUCAAUAAGACUAGGCGAGGAUCUUGUGGAGCCUCUACUAGUCACUGCAUGCGAUCGUGCUUUGCCCAACAUGGACGUGGUGGAACUACUUGUCGAGAAGGUCGGCGUCAGUCUAGACGCGCAUUUCAUGAGAAACUCCUUAUUCAGAUCUUCUAUUGUGGCUGGAGGCGCACUUCAUAGGCUCGCUCUGGGUCACAACUGGUGGCAUGUUCAUCAAGCCUUGCCAUAUUUGAUUCAAAAGGGCGCGAAUCUUGAUCUACGUGAUGAACACGGAGUGACCCCGUUACACGAAGCCCUGCAUACUCGCUUCGAAAGAGGCCCCUUCCUCAGAGAUGCGGCAAAGCUUCUCAUUGAGAGCGGAGCAGAUGUCAAUGCCGUGGAUUUCUUCGGAAAUACAUGUUUGUCAAAAGCCGGAGGUGAUCUAGAGAUGACCAGACUGCUCAUGGCACACGGUGCCCAUAUAACCGCAGCUGCCAUAUUCUCUGCGAUCGAAAUCGGCGAGGUUGAAGUACUCGAAACAUUGCUAUCACACGGUGACUACGCAAAUAUCAGGCGAUCUGAGCCAGUGAUUCCUCGACAAAAGAGCGAUUAUGACGCCAGUAUUCUUGAUUCGGAGGUCUCGCCUCUCCUCUUUUCUAGUGUUCCUAAUCUGCGAUACACUGAGAACUACUUUACAAACCGACGUGGAUGUCUGAGAGAUUCGGCCAGCGUUUCACUCGAUAAGCGAAUCAUGGAAGUGCUGCUCAAUCAUGGCGCAGACCCAUUUACUACAUAUGUUGGAGGAAUCUCCCAGAGAUGGGGUAUGGGGUGGCAAAUUCUCCCACACUUAGACGAGCCCGAUCUCUCAAACCCUGACAUUGAACCCCCAAGAAACACUGUUAUCCAUCAAAUUUUGAAAUCAGGGCACUUGUUCUGGCCAUUCUUUCAACUACCGUCAUUGGAGCUUGAACGGCGUGAUUCAACUGGUUGCACAUUACUUCUUGCAGCUUCGCAGAGUGCACAUGCACUGCAUGAGAAGAUGGAUUUUGUCGAAGGCGGUACAACCAUUGCAAAAACGAUUUUCCAAGAGCUCAUAGACCGCGGCGCCGAUGUCAUGGCACAAGACAACGAUGGCAAUACUAUCCUCCACCAUAUUUGUCCUCCGAGAGGUUCCUUCCUAUAUAUCAUUCCUUUGUGGGAGGACUCCGAUUUGUUGGAAACCCUGUAUGAAGUUGUCAUGAAAAACCCGGGCCUUGUCCAUCUGCGCGAUCGGAAAGGCGAAUCAAUAUUUCACCGCACCUUGGCGCUAGAAAACUUCGAUCUUAUUGAUCCUCUUCUCCAACUGGGGGUUGACCCUCUCCAGCCGGACUCUAAUGGGGACACCGCGCUUCAUCAUUUGGCUAAGCAUCUCACGGAGGAUGAGCCACUGGCUCACUUCAAGCGAUUCCUGGAAUUGGGCGUGGAUAUCAACUCCCGAAACCACCAUGGCGACACACCUCUCUUCAAAUAUAUCCAGAACGGCGUAAAACUUCCUACCUCCAGCUGGACUGAACGAUUUGAGAAGGAAGAUGACCUCACCGAGACUGUCUUCGACUUUUUUGAAGAGGCUGGUGCUGACUUCUUGGCGCAAAACAAUGUGGGCUCAUCAUUGCUCCAUUUAUUGGCAUCUAAGAAGGAAUAUGAUGAUUAUAGUGACACAUACCCGUACAAUGUCGUCCGACGAUUCAAAAUUCUGAUGGGUCGCGGACUUGACCCUAUGUUGGAGGAUGUACACGAGCGAACAAGCUUGGAUGUUGCUGCUGUUCAUGGCAGUGAGCAUAUUAUGAAAUUAUUUGCAAGAAAGCCGAUGGAUUAG